ACGUCAGAAGGCGCCCGGGCUGCAGUUUCCUGCUUUUUGGCCGCUCUUCAUCACCGAAGAGGCGGCCCGGGAAUGUCUCAGCAGCCGCUCUGAAGAAGGAAGGAGACGGAGAGCUGAUAGCGACGUGAACCCGCGUGUCCUUGUGUUUUUUUUCCUUUGUUAUCAUUUUGACUUUUAUGGGGAUUCGCUUUAUCGGAAGUGGAGGAUGAACAACCUCUCGACGCGGGUCAAGUCCAGGCGGACUGAAGCCAGCCUCGGAGCCGAGAGGGAGCACUUUGACAAGCAGCAGCUGAGCAGCAUCAGCAAAGCCAUCAAUUCUACAGAGACCCCUGUGAAGGAGAAACAUGCACGACGUAUCAUCCUGGGCACCCACAGGGAGAAGGGGGCCUUCACCUUCUGGUCCUACGCGCUGGGAUUCCCCCUGGCCAGCAGCUCCAUCCUCAGCUGGAAGUUCUGCCACGUGCUACACAAAGUCCUGCGUGACGGACACCGCAAUGUGCUACAAGACUGCAUGAGGCAUUACAGCUCUAUUGUGGAACUUGGACAGCUUUGGGGAAACCUCCAUGACAGAUACGGCCAGCUGGUGGCGCUCUACUCUAAGCUGCUGUGUACCAAAAUGCAGUUUCACGCCAAGCAUUCUGACAUUCCGGCCAACUUGGAGGCCGCCGACGAGGUGCUGGAGCGCACGGCGGGAACGGACAUCAACAACGUGUUCCAGCUGACUGUGGAGGUGUUUGAUUACAUGGACGGCGAGUUGAAGUUGGCUGAGACAGUACUCCGACAGCUCAACUCGUCCAUCGCCAUCUCCACGCUGACGUCAGGCCAGUGUCGCCUGUCGCCGCUCAUCCAGGUCAUCCAGGACUGCAGCCAACUCUACCACUUCAUGGUCAAGCUGCUGUUCAAGCUGCACGCCUGUCUCCCUGCUGACACGUUGCAAGGACACCGGGAUCGUUUCCGGGACCAGUUCCAGAGCCUGAAGACCUUCUUCAACAGAGCCAGAGAAAUGUACUACUUCAAGAGGCUCAUCCAGAUUCCCAGACUACCUGACUCGCCCCCAAACUUCCUGCACGCGGCCUCACUGGCCAAGCACGUCAAGCCCGUGGUGGUCAUCGGGGACGAAGACGACGGGGAAGACGACGACGAUGACGCCGAGCCGCUCAUCGACAUCAGCGACUCCAGCAGCUCGCAGACGCAGGCCGCCGUGACGCAGCCCGACAUAUUCGAUCAGACGUUCGGGCCGCCCAACGGGGGCUUUGACGACAGAGACCUCCAGAUUGAGAGCCUGAAACGGGACUUGGAGCUUCUGAGAGCAGAGCUGGAAAGGGUGAAAGCAGAGGCCCAGCGCUACAUCACGCAGCUCAAAUCUCAGAUUAACAGCCUGGAGGCGGAGCUGGAGGAGCAGCGGGCGCAGAAGCAACGCGCGCUGGUGGAGAACGAGCAGCUUCGAAUGGCGCUGGAGGCCGCUCGCCGCCGGAACGUGGAGCACGACAGCCUGCAGAGCACCUUCAUGGAGGCAGAGCAAAGGGCGCUGGCCACAGAGCAGCGUUACAAUAAGCUGAAAGAGAAGCACACCGAGCUGGUGGCCAGCCAUGCUGAACUUCUUCGGAAGAGUGCAGACACCGUGAAGAUGCUGUCGGCCACCCAGCAGACUCAGGAGGAAGUGGAGAGGACCAAGCAGCAGUUGUCCUUUGAGGUGGAUCGGAUCAGGCAGGAAUCGGACAUGAAGCUCGAGGAGCAGAAGUUUGAGAUGGAGAAGCUGAGGAGAGAGCUGGCAGAAAAGAUGGCGGAAAUAACACGCAUCAACGCCUCCCUGCAGAGCAGCGAGCAGAGUUCGGUGCAGAUGAACAGCUCCAUGACCGCUCUGCAGGCGGAGAAGGAGCGUCUGAUGCGCUCGGUGAGCGAGAAGGAGGCGGAGCUGUCGUCGGUGCGCCAGAGCGCGCAGCUGCAGCAGUCCACUGUUCAGCAGGAGCGAGAUAAGAGCGGCAGGGAGCUCAGCGAACUGCAGGCCAAACUCAAAGAGAAGGCCAGACAAGAGGAGCUGCUGAAGCAAAAGCUUCUGGACGAGCAGUUUGCGUUACUUCAAGGUACGGUGGCAGAAGCGGAGAACAUCAUUCAAGACGCUGUAGCCAAGCUGGACGAUCCUCUCCACAUCCAAUGCACCAGCUCCCCAGAUUACCUAAUAAGUCGAGCGGAGGCAACAUUGGGCUCCAUCGAUAAAGUGAAAAAAGGCCAUACGGAUUAUGUGAGGAACAUGAACGACGCUGGAGGGCUGCUGAGGUCGCUGACCCAGUUUUCUCACUCUGCUGCUGACACCAUCAUCAACGGCAGCGCUACGGCACACAUGGCGCCCACUGAUCAUGCAGAUCGCCUGACUGAGAACUGCAGAGGUUGUGCCACUGAGUGUCUGCAGUUCUUGAAGGAACUCAAGUCCAAGGGCACCCUCCAGAAGGCCGACCCGGCCUCCAUUCAAGUCAUCAUCCACAAGAUUCUUCGCUUGGGCCAGGAGCUGCGACCAAAAAGCUUGGACGUACGUCAGGAGGAGCUGGGAGAUCUGGUGGACAGAGAAAUGGCGGCGACGUCGGCAGCCAUAGAGGAGGCUGUCCGCCGGAUUGCCGAAAUGAUGAACCAAGCCCGAAAAGACACGUCAGGAAUCAAGCUGGAGGUCAAUGAAAGAAUCCUGUACAGCUGCACAGACCUUAUGGAGGCCAUCCGCAUGUUGGUCAUCUCCUCCACCGACCUGCAGAAAGAGAUAGUGGAGAGCGGGAGGGGUGCAGCCUCCAUUAAGGAGUUCUAUGCCCGGAACUCUCGCUGGACCGAGGGCCUCAUCUCUGCUGCCAAGGCUGUGGGAUGGGGGGCCACUGAGAUGGUGAACUCCGCUGACAAAGUGGUGCUACACACCGGCAAAUACGAAGAGCUGAUCGUUUGCUCUCAUGAGAUCGCUGCCAGCACAGCACAACUGGUCGCCGCAUCAAAGGUGAAAGCCGACCGUCACAGCAAGAGGCUGACGACGCUCCAGCAGGCUUCUCGUCUCGUCAAUGAGAAGGCAGCCAACGUGGUGGCCUCCACCCGCACGGGCCAGGACAACAUGGAGGAGAAGGAUACCAUGGACUUCUCUGGAAUGUCGCUCAUCAAAUUAAAAAAGGAAGAAAUGGAGUCGCAGGUGAAGGUUCUGGAGUUGGAAUCUCAGCUGGAGAACGAGCGUUUACGUUUGGGCGAGCUGAGGAAGCAGCACUACACCCUGGCUGGGGUUCCCCUGGACCAGAUCUCCGACGGGAACGGCGAAGCCAACUCUCUGGUCUCCAUGUCACCAAAGUUUACCAAACCGGCGCUCAUGAAGAAGCCGGCGCUGGCCCAGAAACCCAACGUCCUUCUGAAAAGUCCAUUUAAAUAAAACGGCACCAGAGGAAGUGAAGUGAAUGCCUUCCGAAAACAUUUAAUUUGCUUGCUGACAAUCCUGCAUGUUCUAUUUUCCUUCUUUCUCCAAGUGGCAUCUUUUUCACCUAAGGCUGGAUAUUUUUUUUUUUUUUUUUUUUUUACUAUUCCUUGGUGCCUAUAGACGCUAUUACGUUUAUUUUAGCAUUUGAGAACGGGGAGGAGAGGGCAUGUGUUCCAAUUUUUAGGCGCCGAUCCUGCUUUUAAGAUUUUAUGAUGUUGUACUUUAACAACCUUGAACGAUUUUAGUGUUAGAAAGGAUGCUAGGAAAUGACAUCAUGUUCCGACCAUAUUCGACAUAUACCUCCUGCAUUGCCUUCACGAUGAAUAAUGUAUCGUCUUCUUUGCAAAACAGUACACUGUUGCCUCGGACUUGGAAUGUACUGCACUGAUGCAUUUAUGAUUCAUAGUAGUAAUAAUAAUAAUAAUAAUACAUGUUGUACAGCAAUCAUGCCAACAGCUUCUCUUGAAUGUCUCACUGGAUGCUACACGGCAAAACACACACAUAGAGUGAGUCAGAUGUAGUUGUCCUUUUAUUUAUCAACACUUCUUUUUAGGAUGAAUGUAAAGAUGCAGGGUGGAUCUGUACAAUAAUAUGAAGGUUUCUGUUUGUCUUUGGGAGUUUUUCCUCACAGGGUAGCUCAUAAUUAGAAUAAUAAUUGCAUCUUUUUAAUGUCUUCUUUUCCUUCCCCUUCUCUUUAUACGCUGCGAUCUAGUUGGAUAUAUAUUUUAGUAAAGGCAGUGGUGUUUCUUCCUUGUAUGAAGUGUAAAUGUCAAAUUAAAUAAAUGUUUA